AAAAGGAAUGGCUGUGGAGUAUAGGUGCUGCGAAACAGGGUUUUUCAUUCGCAUAGCAAUCAUCACUUUGCUAGUGUUGUUUGCCGGGCUGAUGUCUGGGCUCACGCUGGGGCUCAUGUCGAUGAGCCAGGUCGAGCUUGAAGUUCUUGUCAAGUCUGGAACGCCCAGUGAUAGUAAACAUGCUGCGAAGAUAUUGCCCGUUGUGAAAAGACAGCAUUUACUGCUUUGCACCCUUUUAAUCUGCAAUGCUGCUGCAAUGGAGACACUUCCCAUUUUCCUGGAUAGUUUGGUCACAGCCUGGGGAGCUAUCAUUCUUUCAGUCACCUUGAUACUUAUGUUUGGUGAGAUUUUACCCCAAGCUGUUUGUACUCGAUAUGGUUUGGCAAUCGGUGCAGCCAUGGCUCCAGUUGUCCAGAUACUUGUUUGGAUUUGUUUUCCUGUUGCUUAUCCAAUAAGCAAGCUAUUAGAUCAUUUGUUGGGGAAAGACCAUGAUGCACUUUUUCGUCGAGCUGAACUGAAAACAUUAGUUGAUUUGCACGGUAAUGAGGCUGGAAAAGGGGGAGAACUGACACAUGAUGAGACAACGAUCAUUGCAGGAGCGCUUGAACUUACUAAGAAAACAGCAAGGGAUGCGAUGACUCCAAUCUCUGAAACUUUUGCAAUUGACAUCAAUGCCAAACUUGACAGGGAUCUGAUGAUGCUAAUUUUGGAGAAAGGGCAUAGCAGAGUGCCGGUAUAUUAUGAGCAACUGACAAACAUCAUUGGAAUUAUAUUGGUGAAGAACUUUUUGACCAUCCAUCCAGCUGACGAGAUGCCUGUAAGGAAUGUGACUAUACGCAAGAUUCCAAGGAUCUCAGAAACAAUGCCUUUGUAUGACAUACUAAAUGAGUUUCAGAAAGGUCAUAGCCAUAUGGCUGUUGUUGUUAGAGAGCACCGUGACGCAGAGCAAACAACUACUGAAAACUCAAUUGCAAGAGAUGAUGUGAGGGUGGACAUUCAUGAUGAAAUGCCUCCCCAAGAGAAAAGUUUAAAAGGCAAAAUAACCCUCAAGAAUCGGAAGAGUCUGCCUAGCGAAGGCGAUAUAAAUAGAGGAUUCUCCAAGAGCAGGAAAUGGUCAAAGGACUUAGACCCAGAAGUCCUGCAUAUCAGUGACGAGCCACUCCCGAAUUUCACCAAAGAAGGGGAAGCUAUUGGUAUUAUAACACUUGAAGAUGUCAUUGAAGAGCUCUUGCAGGAGGAAAUCUAUGAUGAGACAGACAACCACGAAGGGAGUUAAUAAUUUGAAAGCUUCUGUUACUACACAGACAUACAACGUUGCUUUUUAAAGCAGAUUGAACAACGACUCCAUUGGUCUCUGGAAAUGAACAGCACAUAGUUGACAGGGGAACAAAGUUCCAUGUUUUAUUUUAUUUUGUGGGUACAUAUAUGGAAGAGAACAUAGAAAUAUCAUACGUAGCGCCUAAUAAUAUAUAACUGCAAUCAGUCGGACAACCCUUAAUUGAGUGCUUGAGAGAAUACAUGAGGCUCCUUUCUAUUUCAAAGUUAUGUGCCGGUGACGCA